GGCCGACGGCCACGUGACCGGCCGCGGCGGGGGUGGGCGGCCCAGAAAUAGCAGCGGCGGCGGUUCCGCCCGCGGGCUGGCGCGAGGGGCUGAACCGCGGGACGCAGGCUGGGCGGGCACGGCGGCCCCGGCCCCCGGACGAUGCUGCUGAGUCCCCGGCCGGCACGGCCCCGAGCACAUGAUGGCGAUACGCGAGCUCAAAGUUUGUCUCCUCGGGGACACCGGGGUUGGGAAAUCGAGCAUCGUGUGCCGGUUUGUGCAGGAUCACUUUGACCACAACAUCAGCCCCACCAUUGGGGCGUCUUUUAUGACCAAAACUGUGCCUUGUGGAAAUGAACUUCACAAAUUCCUCAUCUGGGACACUGCUGGUCAGGAGCGGUUCCAUUCGCUGGCCCCCAUGUACUACCGAGGAUCUGCGGCCGCCGUCAUUGUCUAUGACAUCACCAAGCAGGAUUCCUUCCACACCUUGAAGAAGUGGGUCAAAGAGCUAAAAGAACACGGCCCUGAAAACAUCGUCAUGGCCAUCGCUGGGAACAAAUGUGACCUCUCGGACAUCAGGGAGGUUCCGCUGAAGGAUGCAAAGGAAUACGCUGAAUCCAUAGGCGCGAUCGUGGUGGAAACGAGUGCAAAAAAUGCCAUCAACAUCGAAGAACUCUUUCAAGGGAUCAGCCGCCAGAUCCCACCCCUGGACCCGCACGAGAAUGGAACCAGUGGGGCCAUCAAGCUUGGGAAGCACACGGCGCAGGCUGGCCGCAGGUGCUGCUGACCCAGGGCGCAAUGGUGGAGGAAGCUGGAGCCCACAUCCCAGGCACCGCUGAUGCCCCAGCCCUCAGUCCUAAAGAAGAGUAGACGCCGGCCUUGCUUCCUGGAAGUACUGCAGGGAGCUGGGGCAAGACAUGUGCCUUCAAGAGCAUGUAGAAACCUCCAGGAAAACUCACGACACUGCCACAAAAUGGCCUUCGAGGGAUGGUACUUACAAGAUAAGAAGUAGAGCUGUGGUUUCUGGUAGACACCUGAAAGCACUCUUGGUUUUGCACCCAAGUCUUAAACUGCCUUAAUCGGGGGAGGGUACCCUCAGACGUGUCCUCCCCCUCUGACUCCUGGGUUCCCCGCCAAAUUUCAGUAGCUUCUUCACUGUCAUUGUCUUCCCCGAAGGACACUUCAUUGGGAAGGCUGGUUUGCAGCUGGCUGUGGAACAAGUGUUUAUUGAUUACGUUGCUGAUGGAAAUUGGGGCAGCACCGCACCAUCUCUCAAGCUGAGCUCCUGCACAGUGUACAUUGGAAAAUGCCGGCAUCUCUUUUCGCUGGGGACCAUUCUUCGGCAUGUCGAUCACAUAUGAACAGGCAGACCAAAGCUGCCCGCCUUAUUGCAAAUUAUCUCGGGGAUGGGUUGGAAGGUCAAGUGGUAACCAUGCCCACGGUGAUGGGUGAUGGGUGGAGGGUGUAAGCAUCAUUUAGAGGAUCACCUGGUACAUGUCACCACCUUGUCAUAAAUCCUCAGUAUAGUGCAGAGUAUCCUUGUAACAGAGAUGUCAUGAUGUUCUAAGGGUUCAAAUUAAAUGGUGGACACUUGAGUGUAAAUUGCAAAGCGGAUUUCCAACAAUGAUGGUUGAUCACAGCAGAGCCAGCCAGAUGAGGUACAAGUGUCUCAACAUUCUAGACUCUACAGUUGGGCUGAGGGAGACCACUUGGAAUGUUAGGCUUGGGGAGGUCCAGUGCUGGGCUGCAGGUGAGCCGAGACUAGGCCUUGAACAGCACCAUCCUUUGCAGAGUUAAUGAGAGACUGAAUCGAAGAAGCAAGGAGACCAAAACCAGGAAAGCAAGGAAAGCUAAUUCCACAGAAGAGUCAAACCCCAGUGCCCUCUACAACUUUCCUACAAACUUGGGACCAAGAGAAGCAAGGCUUGUGUGAAGGGGUGGUUGUUGAAGGGUGAAGGGUUCAACUAGUGUCUUGUAGGGCCAAGAGCACUGCCUGAGCACAGGUUCAAAAGGGGCCAGCAGCACUUGAUGCGAGGUGGGGAGAGGAGAGUCGGAUGGUGCCACUUUAUCAAUAAUUCACAGUGCAGCAGUCAGGAAAGGGACCAGGUGCAUGUUUUAAAGACCUUGAACUUUGAGUUAUUCGGACUGAGCCAGAACUGUGGAGUCCUGCUGUGCGCACCAAACCCUUGGCAGGCAGGAGUUACUGAGUCAUGUUACCAACAGAGGAUGGUACUGGGAGAGAUCAGGGCCAAGUGUACACUUUGUUUUUUGCUGACCAUCAUCAAGCAAAGAGGGCCAGGUUCAAAUCACAGAUUUGUGUGUUUUGACCUGAUACCGUGUUGUUGGUUGAAUGUUCUUGCUGGCUUCCCCCGACUCCUGAGGCUUGGUUGACAAUCUCAGCAGGUAAAGGCUAGCAGGUCCUUUAUUUUUGGUCCAAGAGUACCACUGGGCUCCCAGUCAGUCACCUCCAGAACUGUUAGCAUGUGGGUUUUUUUUUUUUUCCGUACACUGCCAACAUGACUACACUGCCAACAUGACUGGCUGGCACAGUUCUGCUUGCAGGUCAACAAAUAACCAUACCUCUUGCCCAAGGCAAAACCAACCAACCAACCAAUCCUGUUUAGAGUUGAAAAUUGGAAUGACUGCUUUGCAGGUGACAUGUCAGCUUGUUUUUCUGGAAACCAGUGUGUCUCUGGGCACGUGCUCAGGUGUCCUGACCAAGGUGGCAAGCACACAGCAGAAAGUGUACAGCAGUUGUGUUUUAUGUAACAACCCCAGUAUUAUCUCCAUGUGACAAGCUACCCGCCAGGGAGCCCAUGCUUUGUUUGGGAAGUACAUGAGGGAGUGAAACUACUCCUUUUGCCUGUGACGGUUGCCGUCACUAUCAAAGCCAGUAAGAGAACCCCAAAAACAAUAAGUGUCCUUGCCACUUGGAGCGGUCAGCCCAAGGGUGGAGUGUUCUCCACACACAGAUGUUCCCAGACACAGUGAGUCUUCUCUGAAGAUGGAUGCUUGGCCCUUGUCCACAGUGAGGCUUCAUACCUUCCUUUGAUUUGACUUGGGUGGCUUGUUGCCUGGCCUAGUAGUUGAGCCAUAGCCAUGUAAUAUUACAAGAAGGCCUGGAAAUCACCAUUGUUCCAGAAUGUCACAUGCUUGUCUAUGAUCCUGCAGUCUUGACAUCAUUUUCCAAAAUGCGCUCCUGUUUUGGUUUACUGUUUCUUCAUGUGUGUUAUGGAUGUGCAUAUAUGUAAAUACGGUUUUGUAUCGAUGAUGCCGACCCAUUGUGCAUUUCACACUGGUUCCUGGCAAUGUGUUCUGUGAGGCAGGCAUGGGUCCUCAGCGGGAGGGCUUCCCAUCCCUGAGAUGGCAGUGGAGUCAUGCAGUCGAACCUUUGACAUAGGUACUUGACUGAUUGGUCAUUUGCCAGUGAAAAAUGGUGCAUUAGGGUGCUGGUGAUGACGUCACCUUACAGACCAAGAGGUUGAAGACCUGAAACUAACUUUUAGCUAAUGCAAAAGGGCUGUGCCCCGCUAUGAGAACCGAGGGAGGUUCAGGAGACCAAACUUCUUUCCCUUGGGACAAGGACCAUGGCGUGUGAUGGCUGAACCUGAGCUCCGGUAUGUGGGCCAUGCUCGUGGCGGGUGGCAGGAUGAGCCAGCUUGCAAGUUCAAGGGCCCUGAGCUGUCCUCACACCUCGGCAGUGUCUGGUUGGCUCCUGAAGCGUCAUUGUUGAAGCCGUCCGUGCGAGCCAGCCUCGGUGCCCUGUCAUGCAGUCUGCUCCCUUUUCAUGUAUUUUUGCAAAAGACUGCCUGCCACCUGGGCUGGACCCAGGUUUUGCAUCUAGAAGAUACCACCGCAGACAGCUAGGCCUUUGCUCAUUGUAUUCGAACCUGCAGUAAAGCCUUUCUCUCAGCUACACCUAAUCGUAUCUGUUAUUUUUGGUUUAACACACUGAUUCAUACUAAUAAAUAUUUAAAGUUUUA